CAUCCUGGCUCCCAGGGGGAGAAGGGCAGAGCGGCCCGGUGCCCCUCCAGGACCCAGGCGCUCUGGCCCCCCAGCCCCUUCCCGACUCUCCUCCGAACACACCAAAACUUUCUGGUGACCCGCUUGUGGGGGCAGAGGGAAGGAAGACAGGGGCGACCAUCCCAUAGCCGGUCCCUCCCCUGUUGCCCACCGGCCUCGCUCAGGACCCCCCCUCCCUCGGGGUGACCUCUCCAGGGGGCAUCUGGGGUGAGCCUCGCAGCUCCCGGAAGGACUAACUGCCAGCUCACCUCCCUGGGCCAGGAGCGGCGGCGGCGGCGGCGGCGGCGGCGGCGGCGGCGGCGGGCAGGCCGGCGAGGCGAUGCCCUCGGUGAUGGAGAAGCCGGGCUCCGGCUCGGGGAUCCUGUCCCGGAGCAGGGCCAAGACGGCUCCCAACGGUGGCCAGCCCCACUCGGAGGAUGACAGCAGCGAGGAAGAGCACUCCCAUGACAGCAUGAUCCGGGUUGGAACCAACUACCAGGCGGUGAUUCCUGAGUGCAAGCCAGAGAGCCCAGCUCGCUACAGCAACAAGGAGCUGAAGGGAAUGCUGGUCUGGUCCCCCAACCACUGUGUAUCCGAUGCCAAGCUGGACAAGUACAUUGCCAUGGCCAAGGAGAAGCAUGGCUACAACAUUGAGCAGGCGCUGGGCAUGUUGCUGUGGCACAAACAUGAUGUGGAGAAGUCUCUGGCCGACCUCGCCAACUUCACCCCCUUCCCGGACGAGUGGACGGUGGAGGACAAGGUGCUGUUUGAGCAGGCGUUCGGCUUCCACGGGAAGUGCUUUCAACGCAUCCAGCAGAUGCUCCCAGAUAAGCUGAUCCCCAGCCUGGUGAAGUACUAUUACUCCUGGAAGAAGACCCGGAGCCGCACCAGCGUGAUGGACAGGCAGGCCCGGAGGUUGGGCGGCCGCAAGGAGCGGGAUGACAGCGAUGAGGUGGAGGAGAGCAGGGGAGCUGUUAGCGAGGGAGAACCGGAUGGCGGGGAUCCCAAGAGAGAGCAACCGCCCCCGCCGCGGCCCCUGAGCUCCCGGCCCGGCCCUGGCAAGAAAGAGGCCCAGCUGUCCCAGUACCGGCACCACCCUCUGCGCACCCGCCGUCGCCCGCCCAAGGGCAUGUACCUGAGCCCCGAGGGCAUCGCCGCCGUCUCGGGCAGCCCCGACCUCGCCAGCCUCACCCUGCGGGGCCUCGACUCCCAGCUCAUCGCCCUGAAGCGCCAGGUGCAGAGCAUGAAGCAGACCAACAGCAGCCUGCGCCAGGUCCUGGAGGGUGGAAUCGAUCCCCUGCGGCCCCCCGAGGCCAACACCAAAUUCAACUCCCGCUGGACCACGGACGAGCAGCUCCUGGCCGUACAAGCCAUCCGCCGGUACGGGAAGGAUUUCGGGGCCAUUGCCGAAGUGAUCGGAAACAAGACCCUGGCCCAGGUGAAGACUUUCUUUGUGAGCUACCGGCGCCGCUUCAACCUGGAGGAGGUGUUACAGGAGUGGGAGGCGGAGCAGGACGGGGCCCCGGGAGAGGAGGCCCGCAGGGGAGCCCCCGCCCCCCCACCCCCAAGCGAAGAGGACGACGAGGUGCAGAUCACGUCGGUGUCCUGCUUGGCGGCGCCCACCGCGCCUGCCCUGCCUCCGGCCCCGCCGCCCCCGGCGUCCCUGUCCCAGCCCCCUCCUCUCCUGCGGCCGUCGCUGCCCACGGCCCCCACCCUCCUGCGCCAGCCGCCCCCCCUGCAGCAGGGCCGCUUCCUGCAGCCGCGGCUGGCCCCCAACCAGCCCCCGCCCCCCCUCAUCCGUCCUGCCCUCGCCGCCUCCCGGCACAACACGCGGGGCGGCCCCCAGCCCCCGCCCGCGUUGCUGGGUGGUCCGCCCGAGCCCCCGCCCCCCUCACUCUGAGCUCCGGGGAGCGGGCAGGGUACCCCGCCGCCGCCUCG